UGAUUAUUGUUUGUAGUGUUUUAUAGAUUUUUAAAUUUCACGACUGUUAUUAAAAAGUAUUUCCAAAUGGAUAACAAACCUUUAUACAAGUUUUGUAAGGAACUUGGAUGUUGUGACGUGUGCUGUUUUCGAUUUAUGGGCUAUAAAAAGCCUAGUGUUUACAUUGAUGUUAAGAAAUGUGCCGAAAAGUAUCUAGAUGGCGAACAAAAUGAUGCAUUAAACUGUAGGAAUAGCUUAGAUGAGUCUAACUUAGAAGAUAAGUUAAAUGAAGUAUCAAACAAUAUGACUGCUGAGGAUAUGCAAACAGAUAUUCAAAUAAAUGAAUCAGAAGGUUGCGUCAAGGAAUAUUCCGUACAAAAUAAGAGGAAUUCUGUUACAUAUAAUUGUAAGGAAAGUCCAAUAUUGCCUCCCUGUAAAAAACGAAAGGUAGAUGUGUGCGUGAGCUGUCUUGGUGUGCUGCAGGAAGAUUAUUGGGAAGAUACCAUUAGCAGUAUCAAGGAAAUAUUUCAGAAAAAAAGAUAUGAAUGUGAAACGUACACCUGUGGCUUAUCUGCACCAAUAUCGACGAUACUCCGUGAGAGUAUAAUCGCAUUAAAAAUUAAAGACACGUUCCCGGAUUAUGACCCAAAUACAAUUACCCCGUUAAAAGAUGCAUGGAAGAUGACAUUCAGAGAGAGGGUAGCGGUCAAUAUAGAUAAGAUGUUCAAUAUGGACUCACCACUUCUCAUAACCGUGCAUUUAGAUUAUCCUGAUGAUUUACAGGAAUUGGAAAUUCUUAAAAGGGUGUCGUCGGAUCUAUUUAAAUCGCGCAGCAAACAGAAGAGACGCUUCCCCACUGAGUUCACAAGACAAUCCGUGGAGCAGGCGUUAGAGAACGCGACGCUGGCAACAUUGUCCGCAUGCGGCGCCAGCCUCGAAGCGCACGAGCAUGCGCAGUGCGUGAGCGUUGUGUGUGCGCACGCGCCGGCCUACUUGGCGGGGAGGUACAUAAAAUUAAGCAGAAACCUGCCGCAAUCGCCGUGGGUGUUGGACGGUAGGAGAGUCCUACCAACUUCGGUGCAGGAAAUUAUAUUCGGGCCUUUAGCUAAGUUAUUUAAUUUCUCGGAAACGGAAGUGGAAAGUCGGUUGAAAUUCAUCGCGGCGGGUCGGGAGGACGUCGACGUGCGGUGCCUCGGAGAGGGGAGGCCGUUCGCUAUCGAGAUAUCUGAUCCUUUGAGGCAAUUGAAGUUAGAGGAAUUGCAACUAGCGUGUGAGGAAGUUAGUAAAAGCGGCGAUGUGGUUGUUAAGUCGUUAACUUAUGUUAGCAGAGAUGAUUUAGCGCAGCUAAAGAAAGGGGAAGAGACGAAAUGCAAGACGUACGAGGCGCUGUGUGUUAAAUUAACUCACUCGAAGUUUGAUGAUGACGCGACAGGCGCCGUGAAAAUAACAGAGAAAGACAUAAACUUCAUAAACACGUAUCGCAACACGGAGCUGACCGACUGCGCCCGAGUGAAUAUAACCCAGAAGACGCCGAUACGCGUGCUGCAUCGCCGCCCGCUGCUGAACCGCUCCCGGCAAGUGUUGGAGCUGAGCGCCAGGCCUGUGCCCGAACACCCGCAUCUAUUUCUCCUGCACAUAGUGACGUCAGCGGGGACAUAUGUAAAGGAGUGGAUUCACGGGGAGUUGGCGAGGAGCAGGCCGUCUCUCUCGCACCUGUUGGCGGCGGAUAUAGACUUGCUCGCUCUAGACGUGACCAAAGUGCAUUUGGACUGGCCGCCGACACGUUGUGAAUAAAUUAUUUGAAAAUG